AUAAUCAGUCCGAUCCGGGAUGUUUUGUUUGUGAUUUUUUUUUAAGUUCGUUCGUCCGUUUUCCUUUUUUUCAAAAAAAAGUGGUUAAACUUGCAGUAAAAUGCAAGAGUUCAAGAAUCUUUGUUUUGUAGGCGGCCUGAUAGUUAGCUGCCUAUGGAUGCUGGUUGCCGGACACAGUUUUUCGAAGAAUAUGCCUGGAAAUGAUACAACAACUGGUUACCCGGUGAACUUAGCGGUCGUCGAAGACCUUCCGGAACUAGGCUUCAGAGUGGUUCAACUGACUGUGCCUAAAAAAAUUAAAAUGAAUGAUAUAAACGACUACAGGGAGAUAGUGCUCCCGGCGUAUUCCCGGACAAACAUUCAGCUGACCAAUAUGUCGCGCAAUGGGAAAGACGUUGGAUUUUCUCUGAUACAGCUUCACGCCUACGAGUACGAUGUAACGCUGAGCUACACGAAAACCGUUAUCAAGGGUCAGCAUUUGAGUGGAACGAAUGUCGGAUUGAUUCUGUACGAAGACGGCGAUUUGUAUGCUUUCAAUUUCAAUCCACACGAAAAUGUGAUGGUGGCUCUAGUUAUGUUGCUUUACAACAAAACCGCUCCAAUACCCGGAGGCUGCAAUCUUGAAUUCCCGGUUGAAAUUUCCCCAAUCAUGAAUUUGACCCUGCGAGAUACCACUAUCGAAGUUGUAACACCACCGGCCGGUCUUGCGAGGCGCUAUUCUGAUCAAUGUGGCAAGCUGAAGCUAGUUUAUGAAUCUUAUUACCUGUCCAUGCCAUCAUAUGAUUUUUCGCAACGUACUUAUUUUGCCUACAUUAUCAAAUUGAUCAGUUAUGCAAGUGCUAAAGCUUCCGGUCGCAUCAAUAACUUAAGCUCAACUGAUCCUAGUAUAAAGCGAGUAUACAACCUACAAGUUGGCCGUGGAAUGGUUUUUGUGACACUCGCGAUUGAUCCGGUAAAUCUCGGAUUUUCGGCCUACGUGCCGAUUCACACCUAUUCAUGUAGUCCAUUUACGAAUGUUGCAGAGUGCUAUGAGUUUAAUGUUCCGCUCAGAAUCGUUGGAGUAAUUGUUACUAUAAUUUUCCUAGCAGAAAUAGUAAUCGGGUUUCUUCCUCUGCCAUGCAAAGCUUUUGUUUGUGGAGUAAUUGUCGGACUCCUGGGAACAGUGAAAGUGUUAGAGUAUUGCAAUGUUGUCGGAAUGAAUAAUCCCGAGAUUAUUGGAUGUUUGGUACUUGGAGCGAUAGCAGGAGCUAUCGUAUUUAUAUUAUUAUCAGUUUUCUGUCCUAUAGUUUGUAUCAUCGUUUGCAACAUAAUGAGCGGUUACCUUCUUGUUUCUGUAAUUUUCUUUGCAAUAAGUGGACAUGUUUCAAUCAGCAUUGCGUUCGUUGUCUGCACCGCCGUUUUUGGGUUGAUUUUUAGCUCGUUCCAAUUCUUCCUUUACGCUAAUGCAAUUUUGUUCGGAGCAACGGCCCUAUUCUACGGGGUUAACGUUGUGUUCAGCGCUAGGAUGCACUAUUCGGUUUGGCAUCAAGUGCGAGGCUUAUUUGCGCCCGGCAACGACCACGCACUAUCAGACCCGACACUGGACACCAACGAACUGAUGGCCAUUGCCAGUUUCUGUAUAUUGUUAACCAUCUGCAUCUACUUGCGUGUUCGCUGUAAGCUCUGCGAGAACCAGGUUGUGAGAUCCAACAUGGAUCUUUCCUGUUGCCGCAGGGUCUCAGCAAGCAAUGUAGCAUUUCUGACUGAUGACAGCUUUGCGUACGAAGCCGUUUCCAAUGCACCGACAAUCGAUAGACAGGCGAGCAGUGACGAUGAAGUGUUCGAGCCUUCCGAUUCCAAUCCAAGAACUGUCAAAUAAAGCAGAUAUUCCGUGACAGUAAAUAAUUGAAACAUAUUCAAACAUAAUUACAAGUUUCGUAUGGUUGCGUGUCUCUGAAACUUG